AAUAAUGCUGCACCGUAUGUAUUCUUUACACCCAGUGUUCUUUCUGUACGACUUGGAAGCUGACAUUUGAGACAAUCUGCGCGUCGUUGUAAGCUCAGAAUGAAUUAAAUGCGUGUUUAUGUUAUUAGACUGUACUGAAUGUCAUGUGUUGGAAGUGUUUCAUUUAAAUGUGCCAAUUAAAUGUCCCUCGUUAGCUAGCUUCGUAGUUAGUCUGCCCCUGGACCUUGCAGUCAUUCAUUAUCAAAGUAGCUAGCAUCAAGCUAGCUCAUGGUAGUUGUUUCUAGCAUGUUCCCUCCCACCCAUUCGUUACAUUUGUCAGAAGUUCCCACCGUAGAGAAGGCUAGUUCAUUUGGCUAACCAAAUGAAUACAUGUUUACCAGACACACGUCUUUGCAGCAUUUUCAUUGACAGCUUUUGGCUAGCAAGUUCGCUAACUACCACUGGAAAGGUGUGCUGCAGGCAGGUAGAUGACAUGCAGGGUGAGCCAUGGACCAGAUCACCUUCCAUUAUGACACAGUGCUGUCUGACGUUCACCUGUUGCUGCCCAACUCUCGCCACCUCAUGGCACGCCUUAACCGCGUAGGACAACCAGUGUUCAUCUCCCGGUUCAGAAUCCUGUGGGACGGAGCGAAGCAGCACACUUGUGACCUCGGUUCCCCCUGCGGAGGGGAAGAGUUAGACCGCGACACCCAGGAGGAGAGUGGAAGGGGAGAUGCUAGGGGGAGUGAGACUGGGGCUGACGGAGGGGCUGACGGAGGGGAGGACGGAGGGGUAGAACCACCCCUGGAUGAAGAUGGAGAUUUAGAGGUACCACGCAGGCCCAGACAAAGACUCCCUGAGAGGGACAGAGACAUGGUCUACCCCAUCAUCCUCAGCCAGGCAAGAAGAGAGGAAGAGGAGGAGGAGGAGGAGGAGUGUCCUAGAGACGUCAUCAGGAUAGAACACACUAUGGCCACGCCUUUAGAAGAUGUUGGCAAACAGGUUUGGCGAGGUGCGUUCCUAUUGGCUGAUUUAAUCCUGUCUCAGCCAACUACAUUCAGAGGAGCCACCGUCUUGGAGUUGGGGGCGGGGACUGGGCUGACCAGCGUAGUCAUGGCAACGGUGGCCAAAACAGUGUACUGCACAGACGUUGGGGAGGACCUACUGAGCAUGUGCCAGAAGAACGUGACGUUAAACAGACACCUGAUGGAACCUGCAGGUGGGGAGGUGCGAGUACGUCUACUGGACUGGCUCAGACACGAUCUCUGCACAGACGCUGAUGCAGAGUUUGGAUGGACAGAGGAUGAAGUGGCAGAUCUCCAUGACAACACAACCAUUAUCAUUGCUGCUGACGUGUGCUACGAUGACGAUCUGACAGACGCGCUGUUCCGAACUCUGUACAGAAUCUGUAACAACCUCCGUCUCCCCAGUACUACAUACCUGUCUAUAGAGAAGAGGCUGAACUUCACUCUGAGACACUUGGACAUAUCAUGCGAGGCCUACGACCAUUUCCGCCACUGUCUGUGUGAGAUGCAGGAGCUAAGAGACGGACGGACAUGCUUCACAGUGGAGCAGGUCAAACCCUCUUUCCCACAGUGCUUGCUGUAUGAGCGCAUAGAGCAACUGGAGUUGUGGAAAGUGACAGCAGUGCCUGUCUAACCCUCUGAGGAGCUGACCUGCUCCUUGACCUGCUCCUAGACCUGAGACAUGGAGUUUUCUGAUCUUAGACCUAGUGUUUUCUGAACCUCUUGUGGUCAGUGUUGAGAAGGUAUUGAUAAAAUAUAUAGAUUAUUUAGAGAACUAAUAGCAGUCAUUUCAAUCAGGGCAGCUGGACAGCGGUGAACAAAGGCACUAGGAAUUAUCUCUGUAAAUGAACUCACUUGUUAAAUAAGAUGUUUUUAAGCUCAGACCAGGGGUUGUGACAUAGAUAUUCAGUAUAUUCUCAUUUACUUGCUGUUAGAUUGAAGUGAACCGGUCAAAUGGGACAGCCCCAUAGCCUCUGAAUGUUUUGUUCCUGUGUAAAUGAUGAGUGAUCAGGUAAACACUGACCUAGGAUGCAUCCCAAAUGGUAUCCUAUCCUCAAUAUAGUGCACUACUUUGGACCAGAGCCCUAUGGACCCUGGACCAGAGCCCUAUGGACCCUGGUCUAAAGUAGUACACAGUAUAGGGCAUAGUGUCCCAAAUGGCACCCUAUCUUAAUGUCUGUUUAUAAUUUAUAAGACAUUAUGAAAUAGCUUGUUAACAAUUUAGUAAAUAAGCUGUUUAUCAAUCAGUUUUUAUAAGUUCAUAUAUUUAUUAAAAUAAACUACCUAAUAAUGUUUAAGAGAUUUAUAAGCAGACAUAUAGUGUUAAUGUGUGUGUGUUGAUACAAAACCAUGGCACUGUUUCUUUCACAAUUAUACAGUCAUCUUUUGAUUCAAAUUACUAAAUAAAAUACUGAUUAUUGAUUAUUUCAA